UUCCCACUCAGCCAAUCCAAUUGAGCUGCAUGCAGUCCGCUGUUGAUUACAUUUCUUGUCGCAUUCCACAGAGAAAAGAAAUUAGUAUGGCACCCACCUAAAAUUCAGGAAAUGCUUCUCAAAGGGUUUGUGAAAGACCUCCAGGAAGUCUGCUGAAUGAAUCUAUCUUUUCAUGUACUGAAGAAAGCACAGUGAAAUGUGCUGAAAAUCAAAGAAAAGCAAAAUAAAUACUACAAAAACAAAAAAAUAAUGCAAAGCUGUGAACUGGUCACUUUCCUAAUGUGUUUGGAACCUGAGGAUGGUUACAUGUCAAGGUUUACUCAUGCUUCUGUUCCUUGAAACUGCUUUUGCAAGUUCCUGUCCCCACCAUUGUACGUGCUCUCCUCCAGAUCGAAAACCACUAAAAGUGGACUGUAGCUUCAAAGGACUGAAGACACUUCCACCACUACCCAGUUCAACACAAGAACUUUACCUUCAGUACAACAAGCUGGAAACAAUACCAGCAGGAGCACUGGAUAAUCUUCAGAUGCUGAACAUCAUCAAUUUAUCUCGAAACCCCUGGCAUUGUGACUGUGGAAUUCUGUACUUAAAAAACUGGUUGGAAGACCAAAUAGGCAGCAUGCUGAUCAGCAGCACUGAGUGCUUCACUCCCCCUUCACUUCACAAAAAAAAGAUCUCUGAGCUAACAAGGAAUGAAUUCGCUUCUUGCUUCUCUCCUAGAAGAUGUUAUGAUUUCUUCCUCAGUGAAGUGUUUCUCUCCAUUCUUCUUCUGCUCAUGCUUAUUCUUAUGAUCUGGAUUAUCUUGGUUGUUAAAAGAACUACAUUUAAAUUGGAAGUCUGCCACAACAGCGUGGAGAUCCCUACCAUAUUACCUUCAACUUCUAAUCAGUUGAAAAGAAGGAUAGGAAGACUACCGAGCAAUUCAUCAUGCUAGUGACUACUGUGCAUGAGACUGCUGAGCAGGAAGAAAGGUCAAGCAAAUUACUUCUGUUUAUCAUUAAAAGUGAAAUAAUAAACUGU